AUGCGUUCUUCUGAUUACUUCCACUGCAGAUGCGGAACUCGAGUUGCAUUCGUCAAAGAUUACGUUGAAAUUGAUGAGGAGCUAACCUUCGUGCUACAAGGGAUCUUUACUGAUAUGUUUAAUGUUGAAGUACCAGAGAAUGAGUCAUAUCAUCAACUACUAGAUGGCAAAACCGUAGUCGAUACUUUCUGUGUCAACUGUAUGGACCGGCUCGGGUGGAAAUUUAUUGCAGUCCCCCAAGGCAGUCCUUAUGAAGAAGGACAAUUCUUGAUGAUGUUGGAUAAGCUUAAUUACACUAAUGGUCAACUCUCAGAUCCUUAUGAUCUAGCUGGAGGUGCUAAUGAGGAAAAUGUUGAUCAAGCUGGAGGCGCUAAUGAGGAAAAUAAUGAUAAUCAAGAUGGAGGCGCUAAUGAGGAAAAUAAUGAUAAUCAAGAUGGAGGCGCUAAUCAGGAAAAUGCUGAUAAUCAAGAUGGAGGCGCUAAUAAUGAGGAAAACGUUGAUAAUCAAGAUGGAGGGGGUGAUCAACCCUUAGUUUCUAAUGGGCAUAAUGAUCGAAAUCCAAACAUUUGA